UGCGUGCGCUAUCCUUGCGCUAUCCUACAACUUAAAUUGUCUUUGUGCUCACCACGAGUCGCCAUUCGCAGCCUCCAGCCUGCCUCACUCAUUACGUCUCGUACAACCAAGACCUGGAGCCCGCUGCUCCUCAGGCUUCUCAGACUCCUACGUGUCUUUCAUUCGUUUCAGAUGAGCCCUGCUCCUCGUCAGUCUCUUGAAGGCCGCAAGUCUCCCCUACUUAUUGCGCCGGCUUCGUCAUCGUAUAUGCCCGCAACUCUCAGCACUCUCGACGCCUUUGCAUCGAUCAUUGGUAUCAAACUUGAAGCCGCCUAAACGCCUACGCGCCAAGGACGGGGUUUUCGCCCAUAUACCCUUCUCACCUUCCGUCUCUAUCACAUCUCCUGCGAACAUCAAGGCAGCACUUUCACGUAUUCUGAGAGCUGGUUAUGAAUUGGAGGGCUCGAACGAACGUCACCGUGGACCGAAACAAGCCGGGUCUGGUGUUCGCUGCCUCACGCAUGUAAGAAAGGUAUCCUGCCAACGACGCAAGACUUCAAAAGACGAACGAUUCCCAACUUCUCCAAGCUAUAGAAAGCUAUCCAUACCAAAUUGGACGAACAGUUCAAUUUGAUCUGCCCCCUCUCAUUCGAGCCCAAGGACCAGCAUGAAUCAGCGAGGAUCGUGAUUUGGAGGGAAGGCUGAGAAUGGAAUGCCAUCACCUCGGCUGGUAUGUGCGGUGGAGAGGAUGAAGAGGGACUAGCCGAAUCAUCGAAUCGCUAAUUCAGGGGGGGGUGCACGACAGGUAUCGAUCACCUACCUGUACACCCUCUGAAGAAUCGACCGAGGAGAUCCCCAGGCCCAUGGCGAUGACCGAGAAGAAGCAUGCUGCAAGUCAACGACAAAGUGUUCAGGCUUUCAGUUCUAGUCCUCACCCAACCCGCUCCCAAGGCUUCCCUUCCAAUGCCGACUCCGAUGCAGGGCACCCGCCGGGCCAAAGUGUCCCGUUCACCAGCGACGGCCAUACUUCACAGAAAGAUGUUAGCCAUUGGCUAUUUCGGUCCAGCUCUCCACUCCUCACGACUUCCCUUCGCCCGAGACAAACGGGUCACCCCUUCCCAAACUUUUUCCUCUCCCUUCGCCAACACCGAGGUCGUCUUGAAAGGAUCUGUGCGGCCGGGGUCGGCCGACGUGAAGGAGGGACCGACGAGGGCAACCAGUCAUUCUGGUUCGCGCACCAGGUCUAGGGAGUUGCCGCGGGUGUUGGCGAAGAGCCGGAGCCCUGGGAACAAGUCGGAAAGCUAUUGUGAGAGCAACAGUGCAGGCGGCUGCGAUCCUUUGGCCUUUAUCGAGAUUUUGCGCAACAACACCAAGUCUCGGAGCAGAGCUGUUUCAGGGUCGUUGAGGUUAUUUGCAGUUGCGGAUCUUGGGCGGUGUAUCGUUGAGAGAGGUAGACGGACCAUCUUCAAUUUCUGGUCCCCCGACGCUGAACCUCCCGAAUCCUCCGCGUGGUCAUCCUACCUCGGCCUCCCGAAUCCCCUCCUCAUCCUCCUCGCCGAAAUCGUCAACCUCGCCGCCGACCUCUCCUCCUCCUCCUCCGCAUCUAUCAAAGCACAAGCCGGCGAGCUCGAGACAGCUAUCAGGACGUGGAAAGCGCCCGGGAUAAGGCUUCAGGGCGCUGGCGCAGAGGAGGGCGGGGUGGGCGUGGGCAGGGUGGUGGUGGGCGAGAUUUGGAGGUUGACGUGUUUGGUGUUGCUGUACCAGUCUGUUCAUCGGGUUGGGGGGCUGCAUCCUACGCUACGGCAUGCCCGAUCAGAUAUCCUCUCGCUGCUCGACGCGCUCGUGCCUCUCCCGCGGGGCGACCUCGCUUCGUCUACCGCCCUCCCUGCGUUCCUCCCGGCGACACUGUGUAUUACAAAACAGGACCGCGAGCGCGCGAUGAGGCAUCUGUUGAGGGCCGUGCCGGAGAAGGUGUGGUUGGAUAAUGUGGCAGUGGUGGAUAAGGUUUGGGAGGAGUUGGAUGGGAGUGGGGUGUUGUCGGAUUGGUAGUGGAUGAUGAACAAGGAGGGGAUGUGCGUUGCGUUUUUCUAUGGAGUAGUGCUGUAUGUUGGUAUGUGGCGCGUACAUGGCGGUUGGUGUUACUUAUACAGAUAGUAUGUAAUAUAGUAUCAUGCCUUCCA